AUGGCCUUGGUUCUGCAGCUGCUGCUGUUGCUGCUGUUGAGGGUCCAGGGGGACCCCGGGGAACUCCUGCCCCCUCCAACUCCAGCCUCACUGGACGGCCGCCCUGGAGACCGAGUGAAUUUCUCCUGCGUAGGCGUCUCGCAUCCCAUCCGCUGGGCCUGGGCGCCCAGCUUCCCUGCCUGCAAGGGCCUGUCCAAGGGACGCCGCCCAAUCCUGUGGGCCUCACCGAGCGGGACCCCCACUGUGUCUCCCGUCCAGCCAUUUGCUGGUCGCCUACGUGCCCUGGACCCUGGUAUCCGGUGGCUAGAGCUGCUCCUGAGCGCUGGGGACUCAGGCACCUUUUUCUGCAGGGGCCGCCACGAGGAAGAGAGCCGCACGGUGCUUCACGUGCUAGGGGACCGGGCAGAUUGCAAGGCUCCAGACCACGGGUCCCUGUAUCCCCAACUCCUGAUCCCCCUGCUGGGCGCUGGGCUGGUGCUGGGACUCGGGGCGCUGGGCGUGGUCUGGUGGUGGCGCAGACGAUCACCUCCGCAUCCGCCUCCGCAUCCGCCUCGACCACUCCCCAGAUUUGAACCACUAGUGAAAGUCGACUCCCAGAGGCCAGUAAAGGAGGAGGAGCCUAAGAUGGCAGGGGACCUGGACCAGGAGCCGAGCCUGCUCUACGCAGACCUGGACCAUUCGGCCCUCAGAAGGCCACUACGGUUGUCGCCAGUGGUUCCUGCUGAUGCCUCCACCAUCUAUGCAGUUGUAGUUUGAAGGGAAGCCCUUAUUGCAAACCUCACAAGCUGGAGGUUCUCCACAACUCCCGGCCCCUUCCUGGUCCCUCACCUGGAAAAGGAAUGCACCGCGAGAUAGAACUGAGCACUAGCUUGAGUCAGGAACCCUGAGUUCCAGGCUAUCUCUCUGCCACUGAUCUUGCUCCUUCAGUUACCUCAUCUCUCCUAUAACCUUCACGUCUCCUUCACCACCAGUGCCCUCUCUAAACCUGAUCAAGCCCUGUCUCCCCAUAAGAUAUCAACAAGUUCUAGAUGUCCUGUUUCUUCCCUUCCCUCCAGUCCAGCUCUUUGAGCCAGGAGCCUACACCUUUCUUCCCCUUCACUCCACUCCCACUGCUCACCUCUUCUUCCCCUUCACUCCACUCCCCCUGAGGUUGCCAGUCAGGUCCUAAUGGUCACUCCCAGUAGAUUUAUGGGCUUGGUCUUCGAUUAUUUUCAUCUUUAAGCUGUUUUUCUUUAAUGCUGGUGUCUUCCUUUUGGACUCUUCUUCCUCGCUCCCUACCGCCUUGCUAUUCUCCACCAUUCUAGGUUUGUCCUUUCCUUUAUCUGACCUCCUCUCUCCUGGGAACCUGUCAUCCACAGCCAGUCCUCAGCCCUUACCUCUGCAAACAACCCUCUGAAUUCUCUCCAGCUCAGAUCUCGAGUAAUGGGAUUUCCCAUCUAUCCCUGGGACAUCCCUGCCUAGUCAGCAGUAGGCAUUUUGCACACAGCAUUGUCACUCACUUAAUCCUCCUCUGCAUUCUCCCUUAAUCAACCAGUUGCCUAAGCCAGAAACUGGGAGUCAUGUAGACCUCCUUCUGCUCACUCCCACACAAUGAACCAAGUCCUGUCUUUCUAUUUUAGCAUCUCUGUGAAAUCCAUACCCUUCUUCACACCAAUUCAGGUGGCUGCCACCUGAAUAUACUCUCCUCAUUUCUUCCCUGGGUUACUCAUUGCCUCACCUCAUCUUCUUGUCCGUGCCCUCCUCCCUGAAGCCAGAGAGAUCCUCCCCAAAUGUUAACCUUCUCACAGCCUGUAUUCCAGAGCUGUGGUAUUUCUUCAGCUCGGGACCCAUGGGCCUUGGCUUUGGGUACAAGGUGCUGGCAGCACUCUCCCUACUCUCCAGGCUUGCUUUGUCACUCCACGUUCACAGAACAUGCCAAUCUUGGAGUGAUUCUCCCCAGCCUCCAAAUAUGCCUUUAACACAGUGCAAGUCCUUCUUCCUGGAUCUCCCUUUUUCCUCCUCCCCACUACCGCCCUGACCAAUUCUUCAUCCCCAGGACUCAGUUGAAAUAUAGCCAUUUCUGGGAAGGCAUUCCUGAUCCUCUUUGCCUACCCCUGCAUAUAUUUUGAUGCUGUAGGAAGUCUCCUUAUUCAUCUCAUAGCAACACCCUGUGAAUUGUUCUACCACAACCUGUAUUUCAAUUUUAAUGUACUGUUGAGUUCCCUGGUAUCAAGAGACUGACUCUUUUUUUAUAUUACUGCUUAGCCUCAGUAAAUGAGUGAAUGAAAAUUCA